AUGCGUCUCACUACAGAGCUGAUUCAGAACUCUCUUUCGUACAUAAACCCUUUGAAGGAGCGCGAGCUGGACCUCCGAGGACAUAGAAUUCCUGUCAUCGAGAACUUAGGUGUUGCACGAGAUCAAGAUGCAAUCGAUUUUACCGACAAUGAUCUCUCGUCUAUCUCUAACUUCCCUUUUUCUCCCCGCUUACGAUCACUACUAUUGGCACGAAACCGAAUAUCACAUAUUCAACCCACAAUCUCGCAAUCAAUCCCUAACCUUACGACCCUAAUCUUAACUUCAAAUAAUAUAACAGAAUUGGCCGAUUUAGAGCCGUUGAAAACCCUCACACGUUUAACACAUUUGAGCUUAUUGGAAAACCCGGCAACAAGAAAGGAGCAUUAUCGCCACUGGGUAAUUUGGCUGCUUCCUUCAGUCCGCUUCCUUGACUUCCAAAAAGUGAAGGAUUCCGAACGUGCUAAAGCCGCUGAACUAUUUGGUUCCCCUAAACAGCCAUCUUCGCUAGCCACAAAGAUUCUAGGCAUAAAAUCUCGUGCCUUUCAAAAUUCCUCGAUAUCCGCCACAUCAACGGGUGAUUAUUCGUCAUCUGCCGGCGAGAGGCCGAUCCGUGUGAAAUUAACAGACUCGGAGAGGAAGCGAGUGGAAAAAAUGAUUCGAGAGGCAAAGAGCUUGCAGGAGAUCGCAAAAUUGGAGCGAGAGUUAAAUGAGGGGCGGAUACCAAAGGCUGCCAUGGACGGUAACGGGGAGGUCGUGGAAAUGAAAAUGUAA